AUGGCUUCCGGCUUUGGCCUCAACGGCGCCCCGUUCCCGUCCCUCACGCACCUCCGUCCGACUCCAUCCAUCCCGCGCGCCCGCACGCCGCUCGACCCCCGCCCCGUCUUCGGCCAUGAUGCUGAUGCGCCAUCUUUCUCAAUCACAGGUCCCUCCCGCUGCUUCCCCUUCUGGCAGGAAGUCCUCGCCUGCUACGUGACCAACAGCAGCGCCGAGAACAAGGACGGCAAGAGCAAGUGCCUCGCCACGCUCGACGACUACUACGAGUGCCUGCACCACAAGAAGGAGCACGCCAAGACUUUCGCCAUGCAGGCUGCCCUCCGCAGAGCUGAGGCGCAGGGCAUCGGCCGCGAGGGCGAGCGUAAGCCCGAGGAUGUUAAGACGCUGGGCUUGCUGCCCGGCGGUCCCGAGGAGAAGAACCUGAAGACCGGCAUCAUCCCCGCCAAGGGCCCGUCUCUGUACUAG